AUGAAAGACGAUAUGGAUCUUGGCACGACAAAAAGCACCAGACGGGCGCUCAAGAACCUCGGCGUACGCAUGUUCAUUCCGCACGUCUUGGCGAUGAAAGCGCUGUAUGAUAGCCGACUUUAUCCAGUACCGUUUUUAACAACCAUCAAAAACUACGUGAUGCAUAAAAGCGGACAAACCUGUGCUGGAACAGGUAACUAUUUCCUGUAGCCGAUCAUCGAUUUAAUAGAACCAUAAUAUAAUAUAUAACAUAGUAGUAGUAGAUAUAACCUAACCUUCAACAGCUAACUGGUUCCUUUUUUAAAAAUCAAAAGUUUUGAAGUCAAUGUUCAUAAUAAUAUAGCAUGAUGUUAUAAUAUCGUAGCUGAAUUUGAGGUAUUUAUUUAACGAGAACAUGAUUUUUUUCCCGUAGAGCGGAACGAAUGUACUUUUCAAUAAGAAAUGCACGGUAAUUAUGAUUAUUAUUCAAAAUAAUAAAACAGUAAACAUAUUUCAAAAUAUUUAGAACGUAGUAACUAACUACAACGGCUCACAAAUCAAAACAACGACACAGUUUUUACAACAAGCACUUGAUUUUCUUUCUUACUGGUUUUCAAAAACAGGAUUCUCUUUUUCCUUUUCCAAAACUCAAUGUCUAAUUUUCAACAAAAAUAAGAACAUUCAGCAAUCAGUAAUCAAUUUUAUGAGUUUUUAUUUUAGUUUUCAAUUUUAUUCUAGAUCUCAUCUUUGAUAACAAACCAUCAUGGCAACCUCAUUUGAAGAAACUUAAAACUGAAUUCUUGACAAGAAUAAGGAUAAUUAAAGUACUAGGCAAUUUUCCUUUCCUUAAUCGAUUACGGAUCGGUCAUCUAAAAUUAAGUUAAAAUUGACUUUUCUUUAAAUUUGUAUACUUUUAUCGUCAUUAGUGACUCUUUUAGUGCUAUCACAUUAAUUUUAAAACCCUAUCAAAAGAACAAAAUUCUGCAUCUAAUCCAAAGAGUUCUAUCUACAACGAACAAAAUAAUCUCAUUUAUGUGGAUUCCAUCACAUGUAAUUCCUACGAACGAAAAAUCAGAUUCUAAGGCCAACGAAGCAACAAUAUCCCAGUCCUCCUUAAAAUCAAUAAAAUCACCACAUCUGAUGCAAUUAAAAACAUUAAAAAUAAAAUAAUGGACAGUUGGCAGAACAAUUGGAUUAAUGUACCUCUUUCAAAUAAACUCAGAAACAUAUAACCACAUGUCCAAAAAUGGAAAAUCCCCUCAGGCAUUUCAAGAAGAGAAGAAGUAGUUAUUACCCGAGUGAGAAUAGGAUAUACUCAUUUAACUCGCUCCUACUUAAUCAACAAAGAACCGAAACCUAUGUGUAAAACAUGCAGAGUCAACCUUUCAAUCCACCAUUAAUGAUCGAUCGUCCUAAAUUCUCAAAAUCUCGCAGGAACCUCAAAAACCCUACUUCAAUUCAUCAAUCCCUCAAAAAGACAACACCAAAGCCAUCUGUCCUUUUUUUCGUAAAAUAAAUAAUAUCUUCAAAAAACUGUAACACAUCAAUACCUUACAAGUAUGUACAGAUUUUCAUACCUCAUCUACCUUAACUGUUAUAUAUUAUAUUUAUUUAUUUAAUUUUAGUAGGCUAAUUACCAAAGUUGUUGAUGCCUUUACUUCUAAUAAAAAAAAUAUAUAAAUACAUUAAUUGUAUAUUGAAUAUAUUAAUAAACAUGAUAUUGCAUUAUUUUUAUUUAUUAAAAAUUAGAAAAGAAAAUAGAGCUAAUUGCUUUUGAAUAGUUUAGUUUGUAAGCAAGAGGUUUUAUAUAUUUUUUGUAUAAGCAUACCCGUGAUGAGUGGGUUUUUUAUUUGGCUAUCGAAUCACAUACAGUAACCAUGGUUCUUAUAAUUUUUCAUAUAUUGAUGUAAAUUUUUAUUAAAAUUGAAUUGCGCAGAUUUUUUAAUAUUACAUAGUAUUGGUCGACAUAUUUGUAUCAUAUUUAUAAUUAAUCUUUGAAAUUGCAAUGCCCCAUAAGCAACCCACUUAAGACAAAUUAAUAUAAUGGCUCUAACUGUACAAUUUUAAAAAUUGUAUUGGGUUUUAUAUUUCAACAACCAUGUUUUUUGUGCUGCGAUCAAUGAACACAUGUCCUUUUUUCGAUAAAAUGCAUUUCCACAGUCACUUUUUUUUAAAAAAAAGCAUGGCAAUUUUGCGUUUUUGAGGACAGUGGGACACAUAACUUAAAAGUCCGCCUGUCCCGUCGAAAGCGGGACAUAUGGUUAAGUUUGGUACGGUAUUGGUACAUACCGUAUAUAUCAAUACUAUAUUUCAUGUUGUUUGGCUAGGUAAUAUUUUUUUUUCCUCAAGUGAAAUGUCCAUUGUAUUUUUAUUUAAAAGCGCGUAUGUGAUCGUAAAGCACACCGGCGGUUAAAAGUGAGGUUUUUAUUUUCUAUUCAACCAUCUUAGGUAAGCUACCUAAUCUACAAGAUUGCUUUUAAGAACGUUAUUUAAUUUUUCAAAUUAACAUUUAAGUUGGUUAACCAUAUCUAUUGUUAAAUCAUUUUCAUAAUUAUUUACUAAAGAGGCAGCUAAAUGUUUAAGUUCAUUUUCAUUUAUUGAACAUAUACUAAUUGGUAUUAUUGAUGCGAAAAGUUUAUUCGAGAAUAAACUUAAUAAAUAAUAAAGAAUAUUAUUUAGGUUCAAAAUCGAUCUAAGCUAUGUUCGAUAGAAAAAACAAUUAUUCUAUGUGGUCGUUUAGAACCAACAACUAGGGAACUGAGGAAAAUAUAUCUGAAGGAAAUUUUAGUUAGCACCCUUAUAAAAUUUAGAGCAAAUUCCAGCGAUAAAAUUUAAAAAAUAUCAUUUGGAAAUAGGGGCAGCAAAUACUCAAUAUACAAGUGCAAAAACAUAAAAUAUGCUGAUUGAAACAUAAUUUAUUACAUUGCAGUCAAGUAAUCAUUAAACAAAUAAUAAAUAAAAUAAACUGUGUGAGUUUUUUUUCUGUUAUGGCUAAUGAAAUGACCAAUAUUGCAAGACAAAAUUUAUCGAUCAUGACAUCGAAGUUUCUUCAAUUCAGGAAUAUUUUAAAAUUGUUUAGUUGUCUCAGAUUUAAGUGGCUCUGAUUUAGAUCCAAGACCCUUAUACAUGCAUUGUAGUGCACAUUUAUUAAACUUAGCCAUCAGUGAUGUAUGUAAAAUUACCGCCAUUAAAAUUACGUUGGAAAUGUUCCAAGAAUUUGCACUUGUUUUCGGGGCUUAAGUUCAGUGAACUUAAAUUUAAAAAAAAAUGUACACAAACACAAGUAGACCCAGAUAAAGUAGUUUCAAAAUUUGCUUCAUCUUCAAACAGGAUGUACUUCAUUUUAUAAUUUUUUUUAACUUACUAUGAUGAACUAUGAACUAUGAAGAUAAUUAUUUAAAAACAUUAGUUUCUAAAAAUGUUUUUUUAUUUUUUAUUAUUAUUAGUUUUUACACUUCUUUAUAGAUACUAAUUUUAUUAUAUACAGAUAUAAUUUAAUAUGGUUAACUUUUAAAAUAUGUUUAAAAACAUAUUUUAAAACACUUAUAUAGGUUUUAACCUACUUAUUUUAAUGAUGUAAUUGUGAAUUCGAUAGUAACGUUAAAAAAUUAAAACCAUCUCCAAAAAAAAAAUAUUGGACACGCCUCUGAUUAGUACAUUGCAUAUACUAUUAUGUAAUUGUAUUAAACUAAAUCGUUUCAGAUGAACGUAUGUGUAAAUCGUACACGCCUGAACAACGAAUUUUGAUGUCUAGUAUUCUGCACAUGGAAUUUCCACGGCUUUUGAAAAAACUGGAUUAUUGUUUAUCGCCACGAAUUCCCGAUAAACCCCGUAAGAACAGCUAUUCUAUAUCGUGGUUUAGAAAUACACAGACCUGGAACACUUAAAUUCUUUUUUUCAUUCUUAUAGGAUUGAUUAAAUAAUUAAUGUUUUUCUUCGUCUAUAUCCCUGUCAUUCUUAGUUAUUUUAAGCUUUGUGUAUUUAUUUUUUCUGGACUUGGUGUCUUCUAACACUUACUUUAUGAAUGGUGUACUUAAUCUUCCACUAACUAUUUUUUCGUCAAUUCUUCCAUUAAUAAAAAGGCCGAUCAUUAUCAAUUAUUACCGCUACCCAGAACCGUAGCAAGGGGGUGUACCUGCUCCUCUAAAAUCUAUUUUGUUUUUUCGUAAUGUUAUAGUACAAUUUACAUUAAUUCAUCAUAUUAAUUAAUUAAUUAGUAGUACUAUCAUUAUCAUAUAUGAAUCAAUAAUUGCAGAAAGGGAACACAUUCAAUUUCUGACGAAAUUUAGUUAUUACCGGAUUUAUAGUUAUUUACCUUGAAUACAUAUUUUGCGUGAAAAUAAGGGGGAUGGGUACACUGUUAUAGGUAGUUUAAAGUAUACCUCUAAACAACGAUAAACCAUUGUUAACGAAAAAACAAUUCUGAAUUGAGUCCAGUAGAUAAUGAUGCUUUGUCAACAAUACGUGGGUAUCGAGACUCAUAAUAUUAGUCGGUAACCGAUCAUUGAAGUGCAAAUUAAUUUUUAACCUUUGCUUCUAUGAUUUCUACUGAAUACAUUUAUUUCUGUAGAAUCUCUAUAAACUUCUUCUUUUUGAUUCGACGAUAUUUUUCUUAUAUGUAUUUUUCACGUUUGGAGAUUUUGUGAAUACAAAAUAAGUGAAACUUCCUGCAUCUGCAGUUUUAAAUUAAAAUUUAUUGGCAUAAAUCAUGAAAUUUCGCAUCCCUUUGAAACAGAAAAAAAUGCAGAUAAAUAUUCUUAAAUCUCCAAAACUGUUAAGUUUCUCUUCUUUUAGAAUCAUUAUAAAAUCGCCAAACUCAAAAAAUAUAUUUUACAAAAAUAUCGAUGAAAUCAAACCGAAAAAGUUUAUAGAGAAUCAAUAAAAACAAAUGUAGUCAGAAAAAGUCAUAGAAGCAAAUGAUACCAAUCCUAUUGCUCUUCGAUGCUCAGUUUCCUAGUGAUACUACCAGUCUCGAUACUUUUUGAAUAACCCGCGUAUGUAUGUUAUAUUAUAGUAAAAUGAUUAAAUAGGCUUUAUAUAUUUUCGAUAUACAUCGAUUUUCCUUCAUUUUUCCCGGUUUUUCACAUUUUCUGGGAAAACUCCUAAGAAAAUCGAAAUAUAACCUCCCUAAAGUACCUCCUCAGACUGAUUUUCUUUCAGAAAAGGUGCAACACUUGAAAUUGGAACAAGAUCUCUGGUAGAAAAGUUGUCAACGUCUUUGUAAAAUCAACAUAAGCUUCUUCGCUCCACUCAAAAUUUAAAAUGUGAUAAUAACGUGAUUUAUUCAUUUUUCCGCGUUGCUCCUUAUCAGUCUUGCCUAAAGAGAUUUUUUUGCCUUCUGUAAAAUUUGGUUUUAAAUACAUGUCCCCUUUCUGUAAUUAUUUAUAUUAAAUGCUUUGCGCUGUAAAACUAAGAGGGUAUAAAUAAAAAGUGACAAGGGAAUAAGGGAGUCAUAAAUAAAAGGUGAUAAGUGUUCUAGCUUGUAUUUUCCGAUUACGGUACUGGCAUUACCUUUACGUUAUUUCUUAUACAAUAUCUAAUUAAUUUCUUUCUUCUUUCUCUGAGUUUGCUCCAUGUUAACUUCUAAAAUGUCUGUCUCACAAAAACUAUUCUCCUUCACUACAUUCCAAAAAUUUAAGGUUUAACUUUCUGAAUAUAUCUUAAUAAAUGUUCACAUUUCAACUCCAUUCAACGACACGUUCCACACCAAGGUUUUAAUUAGAGCUCUCUCUCUCUCUCUCUCUCUUAGUUUAAUGCAUCACCUUUGUAGUGAAAAUUUCUUCUUUCAUAGUAUGAUUUUUAAGUACUCAAUUCAUAAACCAAUAAUUUUAAAUGCAAAAAAAAAGUUAAUUUAAUUUUGUUUUUUUUUUUUUAAUGCUUAUAGUAAAAUACAUUUUGUUUUGAAUUUUUAAAUUAUUUAAUAAAAAUUUUAUGUAAGAUACAUUUUUUUUUUCGAAAUUUUGAUAAAAUAUAUCAGGUACAAUUAUAUUAUAAUUUAAAUUUAAUUUCGAAACCAGUCGUAUACAAAACUUUUGAAAAACGAAAACCGGCCGAUAAAAGCUAUGUGUCACCCUAUAUGGAACCAAUACCAUUACCCACCCCGUGGUCCGAAAUUCAGGAAAUCAAAUGGCAUAACGUAAAUGUAAAAUUACAGAGGGCGCGUAAAGUUAAGAAAAAUGUAAACGCACAGUUACAACAUCAAAUGCAGGUUGGUAAAUAAUAUUUAACUGUGCCUAAUUUUUUAUUUUACACAGUGAUGCUACGUUAAAUAAUAUUAUUUACACAUUGUUUUACGCAAAGAUGGACGUUGAAAAGAAAACGAUACUGAGAAUGGGAAUCACGUAUCCAAAACACCCACUGAAAAAGUUGUUUUAUAAUCCGCCGAUAAUAGAAAAGUUCAAAGAAGAAACAGCACAACAGAAAAAUGAUAUGAGCGUUACCACUGCAGGUACUUAUGUGUCUAUAAUGUAUAAUCGAAAGAUUAAAUUAAAAUUUUUUUUCGUUUUUUUUGCGAUAAAAUCAAGGCUUUGUUCGGUAAAAUCUAAAAUAGCCAUACAAAAUGGCCAGAUAAAAUAUUCAAAAUGUCAAUUUUUUUUUAUGGUAAUUUUUUAUUUGGAUACCAUUACCCUCUUAUUUUGUUUUUUCAAAGUUCAAAAUAUGCUUAACAUGAUUGACAGUAAAACUCUCAUGUCUCAUAGAGUAAUCAAAUUUCGAACACAUUUUAUUUCAGAAAGAAAAGCUUCUUACAAUGUGCUUAAAAUUGGAUUUUGGAUUAGAGUUUAAAUGUUUAAAAUAUAUUUAUUUUUUUUAAUGGAGAAUUAAUUUUUUCUUUUGCCGAGUUAUAAAUUUUAUAUAUUGAUGGCUCUCAAGCAGAAAUUAGGGCAGAUAUCAGGUUGAAACCGGGUUUCAUAUAUUAAUGAGAUUUGGGUGCGAGUUAAAACUUAUAAAAUACUCGAGUUAAAGUAUUCAGAUAAUUGACUAUUGACUAUUGCAGACUAUGUCUAUGUAUGCGUGUCUGUGUGUGUCUACAAUCUUUAUAGCUACAUAUGCCAUAUUUACAAAAUUACCAAUAACUUUAUAGUACAUUACAUUGUUGUUCAAGUUGUAAGAUUUGAUAGAAAAUAAAACAUCGACAAAAACACGCUGCUAAAAAUACAUUUGUUUUAAUGUAAUUAUUUUAAAUACUUUUAAAAUAUGUAUCUGUGUCUGUACUUGAAUACUUUUUAAAAGUAUCUUUUACUAGAAUGGUUAAAACCGAAUAAAUAAUUUAUGUGUAUUUUUACAAUUACAAUUAUCGUAUUCCAAUCACUCUACGAGGCAUGCAAAUUUUUCCUGUGAAGCAUGUUUUGAUCAAAAAAACAAAUCAUACACAGGCCCUUAAAUAUUCAAAAAAAACCGAACGAACGAUAAUUCGUUUUUUAAAUUAUUUUUAAUUUAAAUGUAUAUGUUUAUCUUUUUAUUCAUAUGUAAUUACACCAUAAACAAUGUUAUCAGUAACUCGAAGAUGGUAACACACCGAAACUGAGUAGUUACAAAAAUUUAAACUAAAAUACACUCUAAGCCUUGUUUUAUCAAACAAUUGUUUUCUUAUAUUCGUGAAAAACCGUGAUCCAUGAAGCCUUGAAACCGAAAGUAAUUCCUAUAGGUAAUUAAUUUUUUGGAUUAUGUACUGAUUUUUGGCAUUUAAAAGCAAACAUUUUUUUUUUACACUUUUGUUAUACUAUGUAAUAUAAGAUUGCAUUGGUUCGUUAGUUAUCAGCUGGAAAAAUGAAUCUUUAUAGGAAAAAAAAAUUAAAUAAAAAAUGUCUAACCUAGAAAAAAAGGCGGCCAGGAACAAGAAAACGUUGACGGGUGGGGAUCGCAACGCAAUCAGACCCGGUGCUGACGAUGGUGGCCAGUUGCCAUCCACAAAGAUGGUCACGUUAGAUGUAAAUACGGUACAUGACAGAGGCGGGAAUCCAACAGCGCCGCGGUACUCGGUCGUACAGCCUUCGCCAAUGGCUGUGCACUCCAGUGAACGGGUAUCGCCGGACGGCGGUGGCCGCAGUGACGAAAAAGACAAAUACGGAGAGAAACCCUAUGGUUGGCUGAAAACCGACCAAGGGGGGUCGCGGAUGUCGUUAGGGUCGAGCGCCGAAUCGCUGCCGGUAGAGAACGCGAACAAACCGCAAGCGGUGAUCGACUUGGACAGUCUCAUCAAAAGUUCUAACAACGUCCUGCAACACGAUUGCAAUCACUUGACAACGAUGAACGAAUGGUACGAAGUUGGACGCGCAGGGCCGUUCUGUUGUUCGGGGGGGGGGGAGGUUAUAUAAUUAUUAUUAUUUAUUUAUCAUUUAGGGGGCUGAACAUCUCUAUCCUUAUUAUGUUCAUCAAUUUUUGUAAAAUUUAAAAAUUAUCUAUUAUCUUUUUAACGGCCGUCCAAAUGAGAAAACAUAUUUGAAUUAUUUGAUUUUUUAACUAUGUUUUGUAGACAAAAUUCGUUUGGUUUAUUUAAUUCAUUUAGUUACAGUGUACGAUGAGUUUACUUUUUUUUUAAUAUAUUGUAAUAUGAACGCGUAAGUCAGGUUAGGUUGCUUUUUUUGUUUUUGAGUAUUCAAUCCAUAGAUUGGGCUACAAUAAAUGAUCUCUUCAAGAUUCUCUUGCGUAUGCCCAAGUCCGUAGCCAGCAAAAUAAUUUUUGUUUUUAGGAGGGGGGUAGGUUAGAGUAUAAAUAUGUUUUAUCAUUUAAUAGAUUAUGAAAUUACGAAAAUAUUAUUUAAAUUAUGAACACACAUUUUUUUUGAAAUUUCAGUAACUAUAUUAUUUCUACUUUUAAUUAUAAUUUAUUAUACUUAAGUACAUAUACAAAUUAAAUAUAUUACUUAAAUAAAAAAAAUUAAAAUAAAUAUAAAAACCAACACAAGGUUUAAUAUUUUUAUAUUAUUUGUUAACGCAAAAUUUAGGAAUAACGUUUUGCAGGCUUGUUAUUAAUUCUUCUUAGUUAUUAAAUCAUUAAUUUAGUUGUUGUAAAAUGGCAUCUAAUAAAGAUACAUUGAAAUUCGAAUUCGUUAGUAAAAGCGUUUUACGAGAAUUAAUUCUUGACAUAUCUAUUCCAUUAUUAACUGAUUUUAAUAUAUUUUUAGAUUUAUUAAAUAAAAUUGAAAACUCUGAAUUGGCGAUUUCUCACUUUUUUAUUCGAAUUUAGGAUAUAUUUUCGAUAUGUUCGCAUCAUGUCUCAUAAAGAUCGCAAUUUGUAAAUCUUUGAAAAAGGGGCAAAAACAGAGAAAAUAAAUCAUCAGCUACUUUUAAGCUAAUAACAAACUAGCUUUUAUAAUAACAUUAAGUAAUUGUGAAGAUUUAGUUGAAGUAUCACUAUUAUGAUGAUUUCUCAACUUAUCUAACGUGUGUAAAACUAGACAAUCAAUUUCAAUGAAUCUUUAGGAGUGCAUCAUGAUUUUUAGCCUACCUCGUUCCACACAUUGAAAUUAAGGUAGUUUUAUUGGUUUUUGGUAUAUAAUUAAGAAUAUUUUGUUUUAAUAUAUGUGUACGCUAAGCUGACGAUUUAAACAAUUUAUAAAUGCUAUGGAUUGUUCCAAUAUAAUUUCAAAAUUAAAAAUGUUGUAACAAAUGUACAAAGUACAAGUUUUAAAUAUAAUAGGCAUUUAAAAUCAUUACAUUUUAUUUUAAGAAAACAUUUCAGUGGGUGGUCUAAACCCUAAACCCCCCUAGAUAUGACCUUUCGUAUGCCUUAUCCUUAAACUGUUUUUAUGAAUCGUUUCUUGCGAUUUUAAUUACUUGAACUAUAUUGGCAUUCCCCUCCCGUUAUGUUUAACCGAAAUUUGUCCAGAAUCGUUUUUUGUUAGUAAUUAUUUAUCGUUGCAUACAAAUACAAACUAAAUACCUAGCCCUACCUUCCUUUUCAUCCUACCUUUCUAACUUUCCGUCCACAUUAGUUGCACAACCGUUGGCAUUAUCAGCUUUUUUUUAAAAAAAAAAUUGUAGGAACGAGGAAAACGAUGAGCCGGUUACUACCGAAAAGCCGAAACCGGUAUCCUAUCAAAAAGAGAUGCGGCCAGUUAUGAACGGCCCAGAGAAGACGAUAUGGCAGAUGUUUGAGAAACACCGCGGUGCUAAAUCACUUUCCGGCCGCCGGCUGACCCUGGAGGAAAAUGCCCGAAGACCACGAUCACUGCAAGCGGAUCGCUAUUCGGCCGAGACGGUUGUGACAGAUGUAACGGUUGACGGCUUCUGCCAAAACGAGUUUGAGAUUACCUCGAUGAUGGUGGCAUUUCCUCGAACGCCACCGGCAUCAACGCUGCCACCGGAUGACGAAGAUAAUAGUGAAAUCGAGGACUUCGGCGAUGACGGUGUUCGGGGUGAAAAAAAAACUGGUGAGCCGAUCGACAAGAAGUCAUCCGUGUACGGGUUCCCGUUGGAAGAAAACCGUGGUAACAACGAACCAGAUCCAGAAGACCCGAUGUACGCUGAUAAUAACCUCAACGCUGAUUAUAAUUUGAACGAUAAUGACCUCAAUGCUGUAAGUAUGAGAUUAGAUUGAUCACAACGAUUUAUCCUAGCCUACGUACCCUAUAUUUUAUUCUUUACCAACUUAACUGACCUAUAAGAUAACAACUGCAGUUGCCUAUUUGCCAAACCUGUCCGGUACGAAUAUUUUCGAAACUCCACACUCUCAAUUUUAAACGGUAAAAAAACUACUUGUUUUGAACAAUAUUUUCCACUCCGCCGGUGUUUACGACAACGUUACAGAUGUCAACUUUGGGGUUGAGCAUUUAUGAACAUGAAAACCGUGGGUUAAAAAACCGUGUAUUAUAACAUUUAAUAUGCUAAUUUAUUUGUUGCAAUGACUAUUAACAAACAGUGGUUGUUUAAGUGGAACGACAUACUACAGAAAUGCGUAGGUACACAGCGAAUCUUAAUUUUAAAUACCUAGUGAUAUAUUCAUAGUCAAUAUAAUACUUACCUAUAGGUAAUAUAAUAUAUUAUCUGGACUCAAAACUUAGAAAGUAAAUGAUAUAACGAUGUUGACAUAGAAAAAAAAUUUAAACGACACAAUUUAUAGUUUUUAGAAGUCAAAAUUACAUUUCUAUAGAUUUUUUUUUUUUCUUUUAAAAUUGGAAAUUUUUUCAUUUAAUAAUUUGUGUUUGUUUAUACGUCCUUAAUAUGAAUAUGCAUUGUUAAUUAGCUUUUGACAAUUAUUUAAGUGCAAUUUGAAUAAAUUUGUUUGAUAAUAUUGGCUCUUAUACUCUAUUUUAGAUUCUGAGCAUAACGAGAGAGCUAUUGGUUUUACAAUGCUAUUUAAAUCUUUCUUCUUCUCUUUUCUUCUAGUCAGUGGACACGGUUUUUCCUAGUAAACUUGCUCCGAUGUAUAAGUGUAGCAUCUUUUAUGAAAGUUCAAGUUAUCUAGAUUGUAUUUUAAACAUGUCAUUUUUUGAUUUUCGACAUCAUUUUUUAAGAAAAACAUUUAAAUGAGAAAAAACGUGGGAAAACAUACAAUUUCACGAUUUCAUUAUUUUAUAAAAACACGGACGAUAUAUUAAAACGCUAUAUUUUACGCUAUAUGCGCAUUUUAAAUACUGAUAUUUAAAUUGUAUUUUUUUUUAUAAAUGUUUCGUUUUUUUACCACACAAUAAAACAUUUUUUUACAUAUUUUUUAUUUUUUUAGUACAUAAAUAUGUGCAUAUUUAACAAUAAUUUUUACAUAAAAAUCCGGGACCUAAUGAUCACUAAUGAAAUUGUAUCCGGAUUAUCACGGAGUCAAUAUUCACUGAUACACCGAGACCGGUCUUAAAUUUAUAAUUUACUACUUUAUUAUUUACUUUAUUAAAUAUUAUUUUUGAGUACACAAAUGUUCGUUAAAAUUUUCUACGCGCAUUAUCCAUUAAAUAUUGGUUUAUGUUUUAAAUAAUAACAAUAUUAAGAUAAUUCAUGUAUAAUCAUGUCGACGUAAUGUUUUCAGGGCGAAACGAUAGAACAAGUACUCGCUGAACUCCGUAAACUUCCACCGUGGAAACAAUUAAAAGUAAGAUAACUCGAAAUUCUAAAAAACCAUUAUGAUGCUAUUCUGUUUGUAUAUGAUUCUAUCUACUGCUAAACUAUAUUAAUUAGAUAUGUAAUACUCGUGUAUUAAUUUAUUGUUAAAAAAAACACCCGUGAGCAGCAGAACUCCAUUACUAGAGUCAAAUUUCCUCACGAAAAUAUAUAGAGUCUAUUUAAUUAUUUUACUGCAAUAUGACAUAAUAUAUUGUUAACAAAUCACCGCUAUCAACUGAACUUCGCUAAGAAUCGGUUUUUCGUAAGCAAUGGUUUAUAUCAUUGCUUACAGAUAUACAUUAAGUUUUCUAUAACAGUGGCUGCACUCGUCCUCAUUAUCCUAGGACGCAAUUUUUAAGCUAUUUAUAGACAUUUUCAUUGUAUAAGUUUUAUACGUAAUUUUUAUUUAGUAGGUAAUGUGUGAAAAAUUGUUAGACUAAACAGAAAUGCGUGAAAAUUUAACAGGAGGUUAUUAAAAGUCUUACUUUGUGGAAACAAAAAAAAAACAUUUCAAUUUAAUGUAGUAAGUAAUUCUUUUUAUAAAGGAAUAUUAUUAUCUAAUUUUGAUGAAACUCUUUCGGGUAAACAAUUGGAACAAAUCUAAUUUUUUAAUUUUUUGUUUUGAACAUAUGCAUAUUGCCGAUUUAAAAACGAUAGUGAAGUAAGAAUUUAGCAGACUGACAUAGUUUCAAAAUUAUAGUUUUUUGAAGUUCUAAUAUUAUGUGGAUAUUACAUGUUAUAUUAAAUAACUAUAUAUAUUGUCAAACAUAAAAUAUGUUUGUUUUAGUAUAAUCGUAAUACAUUGGUAUCCCAGGCAUCACGAAUUCAAACCCAAGUUUCGAAAUAAACUGUUUGCAUUUUUUUCCCCCUUUAACCUAAAUAAGGAAAAAUAAAUUCAUUUUGAGUCUAACUAGACAUCAUGCCAUUGCUCGGACUUUUUUAACCACAAAAUACCCCUCGAAUUGUUGUGCGAACUUUUCUACCAGCAAUUUUGCUCCGAUUUACAAUGAUAGCAUUUUUUCUUAAAGGAAAUUUGACUGGAGAGUUAAUCUAAAGGGGUCAUUAUUCUAUUUUCCCAAGAGUUUUCUCAGCUCAUGUGAAAGUCCGGGAAAAAUAUUGGAAAACGGGAAAAUUAGUGCAAUAUGAAACAAAUAUUUUUAAGGAAAAUACGUAAUGCCUAAAUUAAUUAUUUGACUAUAAUAUGAUAUAUUUUAUACUAUACAUAUUUAACAAAGCAUCAGUACCAGCUGAACUCCGCUCAAAAUCGAUUUUUCAUUAGCAAUGGUUUAUCGUGCGCGAAUUUUACAUCUAUUAAGAAAAACAUGAAUUCCAUUUUAGCAGUUCAACGUUGUAUUGAUUAAUUAAUUAAUUUAUAUAAUGAAUGAUGUAAUCUCUAAAAAACAUUAAUUAAAUUAUUACCCAUUCCGAAGUGUUAACAUUGAUAAAAACUGAUGUUGAUAGACAGUUUUUAAUGAACCAACGUUUACCCGUGUGUCCUGGAUGUCUCGAAGGUAUAGCCAUUACAAGAAUAAUAAAAAAAAAAAAAAAAAUUAAACGAAAGUUGAAUAAAUCAAAAAGAAAACAUAAUUAUAAUAAAAAUCGUCCCUCAACUUUGCCAUUAAACUUUUGACAAUUUAGCAAUACCUCAGAAAAUAAAACUACGGAAAAUUGUAAAUUAUUAACACUAUUAGAGACAAGUAUUCCACUCGACAUACAGGCCCCCUUAGAAAAAAGAAAUGUCGGAGAAAAAUUAAUUUUAUCAUACCUAAACUGUUCGGAGCUUUAGAUAGGUAUCAGUUAAGUAUAUGGAAUCCAGUAUAGAAGUUAGUAUGUUCAACAAGCUACUUUCGAAGUAUUUAAGUAUAUUUUUUUUUAAUGAUAAAAAUGUGUUUUAUAAGAUAUACAUAUAAUUUUAAAUGGAUUUAUGUAAUAUUAUAAACACCGUAACCAUGUGUUACUAUUUACUCAGAAUAUUGUGUUUUUUUACAAUUAAGUCAAUAGAAUAUUUCAUUAACGAUAUGAGAUAUGAAAAAAAUUAUUUCUGUAAAGUUAUAGAAAAUUUAAUUCAAUUUAAACUAUUUAAGAUGAUAUAAGUUGAUAUUUCUAACAGUUAAGAAAAUAUUUACGGAUAUGUUGACAAUUUUCAUAAAUAAUGAAAAAUGUAUAGAGUUAAAACUUCAAAUUCAUGUCGGCACGGAUUAACUUUAUUUAAUUAACCUAAUAUUAUCUGUAGUUCAUUUUUAUACAUAAACAAACAUAUAUAGGGGUGAGGGCAAAAAUAUUUCAAAAUUGAAAAUUAAGAGACGCCUUUAAAAAACAGGUGGACUAAAUAGAAUAGGAAACUAUCUGAGCUACGUAAGAAGAUUAAGUGGAAUAUGGGAACAGCACGACAACCUAAGUCGCCAAGUUAAAAGAGUUAGUAACACAAUUUUUAUAGUACCACAUACACACGCAAUGUUAUAUAUAAAACAAUAAACAAUUAAAUUUAUACUAAUUUAUUCAAUUUUGUUUAUUUUUAAUAAAUUAAAGAAUGUAAAAAAAAAGUUGGUCACCGACUCAUUUAACGUUAGCUGUACUUUUUAAAAAAUUCGUAUAUAAAAUAAACCGAGAUCCAACAAACAGUGAGACUUCUUCAACAAUGUCCAAACAAUUUUAUUAAACAGUUCAAUAACUGGGUGGUUUUUGAAGUUUUCAUCGUAAAGUUGGUCGUUAGUGUGAACUUAAACGGUGCGUUUAAAUAAUUCCUCAAAGCUUUUUAACAAUCGUGCAACAAAUUGUAAAAACUUUCUAAUUAUGUCCAACAAAUUACUAAAACAAUUGUUGAAUAGGUUUAAUUGAAUUUUGUUACAUAUGUGCCACUAAGACUACGGACGUAUAACAAACAUAAUAUAGUGUAAUAGUCUCUAUUUUCAGGAAAUAUUUGACAAAAAUGGUAUUAGAAAAUGAAAAAAAAAAAAUGUUAUAACAAUGUUGAUUACCUAUUUUUAUAUGAAUACACACCUAAUAUAGUGUGCAUUAUUCUGUCGUCUUUGCACAGGCGGUAUUGAAAUUUUUGGCGGUCCUCGGUGAUCCCGUGGCCGGUUUCCAGGAACUUAUGUUAUUGAAAAAAUUGCGAAGAUGGUAUGAGAAACGCAUAAACGUGGACAGGCACUUAACCCCAAAAAUCAACGGUUAGUAAAAAAAAAUAGCAAAAUAUAUAUUACAAAAAGUUCGACGCAUAUAGAUCGCCUGAUUAAGAAAUCAAUGGCUGUGUGGAAGUGCGAUAGACCCAAAAUAUCCAAUGUCAAAGUGCCGAUAAUGCCAAUAGACCGAAAUGACAAAAUCACUUGGGACUCAGUGCAUAGCACAGAAAAACUGGUAAAAGAGAUUAGAUUUUCUACAAACUAUUUUCGAUAGUUUAUAUUUAAGUAUUUUUAUAGACGGUAUUAUGAUGGGAUAAGCAGUCAUAUUAGCAGCUUCUUUCCCAGCAAAUUAUUACCCUUACCAUACAUUUAUUCGUCUUAUAGGGUGUGCGUCUGCAUAUGAGCAUGACCAAAAACUAUCGAAAAUUCGCGAUCAUAAUAUUUUUCACAAAUGUUUGCAAGUUCAGAUUUUGACGAAAAUCGUAAAAAAACAAAUGAAAAGUGGUUCGGUUCAGUAUCAGCUAUCGUUAAUAUUACAGUUGUAACCCAUUUUAUAGUUGUAAUUAAUAAUAUAAUUACAACUUAAACAUAUCCUAACAACGAUAUUUAUUUGUAUGUGAAACUUUUUUCCUCGGGGUUAUACUUAUAGGAAAGGCGAUGAAGUUCAUAUAGCAACCGGUGUAUUAUUUUAAAACCUCAUGCGUAUGAAGACAUCCACAUCUUAUUUAAUUACACCAUGUAUAAAUCUAAUACAAUUUAAUUCACAUACAUACAUUAUUUGUAUAAUAUUAUGUGGAUUAAAUUUUAUAUUCUGAGUAGAGCGAAGAAGCUUAUAGUUUUGCAAAGAUGUUUAUUUUUUUAUAAUCUAAUCUAUUUUACCUACCUAAAAAAAUGGUUAUGUUUUUAUCUUGCUACAAUUGUAUGGUUAUGACCAAAACAAAUUACCUAUACAACACGUCUUGUCAAAAUUAUAACAACAUAUUUAUAAACUAAGCUAAGUCUUAUGAAACUCGUUUUGUUGAUGUAUUAAAAUAAGUUACUUUUAGAUUUUGGGUGAAGCGAAGAAACUUAUGGUUAUACAAAGAUGUUCAAUUUUUUUUUUUUUUUUUAUCUGUGCGCAACUUUUUUUACAAAAGACUUGUUUGGGUUUCUACGUGUAGUACCUUUUCUGAAAAAAAAUCAGCGUGGGUAAGUACUUUAAGAAGGCAAUUUUUCGAUUUUCUCAAGAGUUUUCUCAUCAAAUUUGAAAAACCGAAAAAAAAAACGGGAAAAUAUAAAAAAUAUAGAUAUUAGUCAUAAUAUAUUAAGGCCUUUUUUAUUUUUUUUGGUGCACAUUUCUACCAGCAAUUUUGCUCCAAAUUUUUAUGAUAGCAAUGUUUCUAAAAGGAAAUUUUACUAGUGAGGAACUUUAGAGAGGUAAAUUUUCGAUUUUCUUAGGAGUUUUCUCAUCAAAUUUGAAAAACCAGAAUAAAACAUGGAAAAACCAAGAAAAACGUAGGAAAACUGGAAAAAUCGGUACAAUAUUUAACAAAUUUUAUUAAAGAAAAUAUACAAAGCCUAUUUAAUUAUUUUACUAUAUAAUGACAUAUAUUAUAUUGUUGACAAUGCAUCACUAUCAACUGAAUUUCACUCAAAAUCGUUUAUUCGUAAGCAAUGGUUUACCAUUGCUUACAGGUAUACAUUAAGUUAUCUAUAACUGUUAUAUCUAUCACCUGUUUCCAUUAUUCUAGGAUGUCUUUUUUUUACGGUAUAUAAACAUUUUUGAAACUUUCAUACGAGGUUCUCCGUAUACCUAUGAUUGUAAAGAUACUGUUAGAUUAUAUUACAAAAUAUGUCAAAUAUAUUCAUUUAAAGUAUAUUACUUGUUGAUAAUUAAAUUGACGAAUUGUUAUUAUGUUCACAAUUACAGCUAAGGGAGACCAAAUCGCAGUACACCACAAAAAUGAAACACAUGGCGAUUAACAACGCGAGAGAAAUAUAUUCGACCACCAAUAACGAAUAUUACACCGGUAGACUGAGCAAUCAUUUCAAACAAACAUUCUAUGAUUAUUUCCCGGCUAAAGAAGACGAUUGUUUGUUCAGUUACCCAGCACCUUCAUGA